AAACUAGCUCGAGCGGGAGAGAGGGGGCGUAAACCACCUCUAGUGCUGCUGCUGCUGCUCGGAACUGCACACUGCUAGAGCUAGCAAUGUCACUGUUCAAGGCGCGGGAGUGGUGGGCCACCACCAGCGGCUACGAGGAAUUCCACGAUCUGGGCUGCCUGUGCAUUGGAAACCUGGACAACAGCAUGCCGCCCUCCAACAAGAUUGCAGUGGGCAGUUUCCAGGGGUUGGUUCGUGUCUACAGGCCUGAGCCCGGCUCCUUCUCGCCCGACCAUCUGCUCAUUGAGCACCAGACGGGCAAGGCUAUCCUCCAGCUGGAGACUGGCAGAUUCAUACAAGGCUCCAAGCAGCUCCAGCUCGCCCUGCUGCACCCCAAGGAGGUGGCAGUGUAUUCCCUCAGUUCCCAGAGCUCAGACGACCCCUCGGGGCCGGACCAGAGUCUCUCGGAGCCCUCCAACCUCUACACUCUGAGUCCCGUCUACAGCAACUCCCUCAGUCGAACCUCCUGCAACAUGACCAUCGGAGCUUUCGGGAGAGUGGACGUUGGAGACUACAUCUGUGUCCAGUCGAUGGACGGGCAGCUCUCUUUCUUUGUCCACGACAGCUUUGCCUUCUCCGUGUUCCUGCCCGAUUUCCUGACACCCGGUCCCCUGUGCUACCUGGCCAGGACUGACAGCAUCGUCACUGCCAACUCCUCGCGACAGCUGCUCAGUUUCCAGUACCAGUCUCUGUCUAUGGCCUACUGUGGCAGUGCUGAUGUUGGUGGCCGUGAGAAUGCAGGGAAGAAACCCAGGGCUGACUGGACUGUCAACCUCGGGGAUCAUGUGAUCUCCAUCCGCAUUCCUCGACAGUUGCCGGGGAAACCGUCCCAGCUCCUGGUGCUAGGGGAGAGGGGUGUGUACUGUGUCCUGGAUACGGGUCAGCUGAGGUUUAUGAUGAAACUGGAGGUCAGCCCGACCUGCAUUUACCCCUAUGGCGUGGUCCUCUCCUCUGAUUUGGGAGAGAGAGGAGGAGGAGGGGAGGAGGGAGGAGAGGGCAGUCUCCAGUACCUGCUGGCCACAGACUCCGGUCAGCUACAGGUGUUCCAGGACUCCGCCCUCAAGUGGGCCGCCGCCCUGCCACACCCUCCCACUGACAUCUCUGUCGCCACUUUUCAGGAUCUGCAGGGAGUAUUGGUGACUGUGGACGAACUGGGUCACCUGACCUGCUGCUACCUCGGUACCGACCCUCCCCCUUCACCGCCCCGCCCCCCUCUGCCUCCCGGGACCUCGAUUUCUCCCAGAUGGAGAGGGAGGUGAGGGAGCUCCAGAAGGACAUCAAGACUGCCGAGAAAGGAGGAGAGGGACAGAUGUUUGGUGCUGAAGGUUCUCUCGUUGUCAAGACUGAGAUCCUCGGAGCGCCUCGUGUGGUCGAUCUGAGUGAUUCAGGAGAGGUGGAAGGAGAUGAAGAGGAAGGAAUGAAGAAAUGUGUCGACAUCAAGUUGACGUACAGUUCGUCAGGGGUGACCAGUUCGUGAUGUCACCACGGUCGUCUCCUCCUCCCUCCCUCUCACCACUCACCCCUCACACCUUCACGAGACCGUCGUCACGGGCACACCUCUCCCCCACACCGUCACUGUGGUAUGCACGGCUCAGUCGGUGCCUACUGAGAGACACGUGACCCUCACCACCACCUACACCAGCAGCAAAGGGGUCACGAGGGUGUCGAGUGAAUCAGUGGAACUGCCAUUGUCUCUGUUCUGUCAGCCUUGCCUGCCAGCAAAGACUGCCUCUCACAAGGUGACUCUGGACACAACAAGCCGGCCGUGUCCCUCCAC